AUGGGUAAGCACUCACAUCGAUGGACUGAAUGGACGGAUUGGCAGUGGAGUCAACACGAUCAGACCUAUAUUCGCACGCGUUGGAAUGAGAAAGGCGACCCCCAGACCCAGUACCAUGAUGAGACUCCUCGAACCGAGAACGAAGAUGCCGUGUCACAGGUGGCCCAGGGCUUGGCGAACGUCCAGCUUGGCCACCAGGAUGAAAGCAUCGGAGAAGGGGAAGAGUACACCACCGAACCCAAGAGCAAAAGCAAAGGAAAGGGCAAGUCGCAUAAAGGAAAAUCCCGAGCGCAUGACGACGAUCAAUCCGCAAACCAGGCCUACCAAGCAUAUAACACUGUUGAUGACCAACCUGCCUAUGGACAGACCGGCUACGGACACGCGGCUUAUGGACAGGAGUAUGGACAGACCGACGGCGCACAAGGAUCAUCGUACGCAUCUGGAGAUCCCCCGGCAGAUACUUAUGGCGAUUACCAAAGUCAUGAUUAUCCACAGACAAGCAGCUACGCGACCGCCGACUACACAACUACUGCCGACUACCAAAACGCCGGCUAUCAGGCCACCGGCUACCAAACCGGAGCAUAUCAAUAUGGAGAAGCUUCUGGGAAUACUGAGUGGAAUGAUGGCGCGCCAGAAGAAACCGGGAACACCGCUACAACAGACCCAGCCUAUAUGCAACGGCAACAACAAUGGCAGUCGUACGGAUACGGCACUCACAUGGAGAGUGAUGCGGAUACGGCCGUCGCCGAGCAAUCAAAUACCUACCAGUCAGAGUACCUGGAUAACCGAUAUGCUGUUCAACCUUCCAGCAAAUUCCGCGCCGGAGAGAUUUUCAAAGUCUUUUGGAGCGAGCCUAAAGGCAAAAAGAUACCCAGCCUAUCAGGCCGCGAGGAGACCGUAUCACACCUUGGAGAGCUUGUCCAUACUGGAUUCCGGCGAUUUAUCGUCAUAGCCAAUGACCAAGGACAUUGCACAUGCGUACCUAUUCUUACCUACGAAAGCAAGGCAUGCACUAAGAAGGGUGUAAAACCCGACAGGCACGGCAUCAUCCACGAUGAACGGAGAAAGGCGAAGACGCUAAACAAUGAGCCCGCGCUCGGUUUCAAACCCGUGAGGGCACAGAUGACUGAGCCAAUGGAAACUCUUGCGAAAGAGUCUAGAGUAAAUUACUCAAAGCCAUCCACGAUUGAGCACAAUGCUUUGGUGCUAUUCAUCGGAAGAAUUCACCCCGAUGACUUCAGCAUUGUCAAGAAGGCAUACUCGAGAUGCUGGGAGAGGAAGAACCACCAUCAUCGAAAGUAA